AUGAAUCAAAUUAUUGGUUUAGUUAAUAAUGAAGGACAAGCAUCACAUAAUGGGCAAUCAGAAGCUAGUACUCUUAAUUUAAGUGAUAUUAGUGUUAAAAUUAAUACACCUGAUAGUGAUAUUGAUACUGAUGAUGACUUGAUAUGCAAUAAAUCAGUUAUUAAAAAAUGGACUGAAACUAAUAAUGAAGAUGAAAAUAAGAAAUUUGAAGAAAUCAGUAUAAAAAUAUUAGAUACUGCUGAUAUACUUAAUUGUUAUCCAGUUAAUCAUAAUAAUUCAAAACUAGAACUUCAAAAUAUUUUUUUGUAUUUCUUACCUCCUCCCUCAUUUGUUUGUACUCUUCAACAAGAUAUAGACAAUAUUGAA